UGGCAUAUUUUUCAUCCUUUCUAUAAUCACAAUCGCGGUUGCCAGAACAUGUACAAGAUGUGCGUUCGGCAAGUCUUUGAGUCUCCUGUCCGACGACAAGUACUGUGGGGAACGUCGAAAUCAUGGGAACAAUUUGUCAAGGUGUCAGAGAGAGUAUCUACCACAGUUACCUAACCUUGAAUCUGGAAGCGUAGAAAAACGUCCCAUGGGAAGGUAUACACUUGUGACAGCCAUGACCACCGCAGCACAAAUUUUAAAACCCCUAAAGCCAGCGGCAGGAUUGCGUCCUCUCCCACCAUUUGCCCCUCGAACACUUGCAAGACGCUUCACAACAUCCAGAGCAGCAUCUUCCUCUCAACCAAAGAUCCUCCUAGAAGAUAAAGAGAACGGCUAUGGCUUCAUUCGCCACAAUCCCCUGCCGAAGAAACCGCGAAAAACCAGCGUAACAGAAAUCCGCGGUCCUUACUACUCAGCUAUGGGACCGCACUAUCUGAAAGACGUUCUGGGCACGAUGGGGGCACAUGUAGACGGACUGAAAUUCGCUGGUGGCUCUUUCUCGCUCUUCCCGGAAGAACAGCUUCGCAAACUUAUCGACCUGGCGCACUCGCACGAUGUCUAUGUCAGCACCGGAGGCUGGAUGGAGCAUGUACUCACGCAAUCCGACGCCGUUGAGGCAGUGGACAAGUACCUCGCAAAGUGCAAAGAUAUGGGCUUCGACGUUGUUGAGAUCAGUACUGGGUUCCUCUCUCUACCUCCCGACGACUGGCUCCGCCUUGCUGAGCGGGUCAUGAAGCACGGUCUGAAGCCCAAGCCUGAGAUCGGUAUUCAGUUCGGCGCUGGCGGCGACACAGAGGCCUCUGACCUCGAGGCACUGGGCACUUCUGAUCCCUCGCGCGUCAUCAACCUCGCGAAGCGUUUCAUGUCCAUGGGCGUAGAGCGCAUGAUGAUCGAAUCAGAGGGCAUCACGGAGAAUGUCAAGAGCUGGAGGACGGAUGUAAUCCAGGCGAUUCUGCGCGAUAUCCCGCUCGAAAAAGUAAUGUUUGAGGCUGCGGAUCCGAAGGUAUUCAACUGGUAUAUACGGGAGUUCGGCAUCGAUGUCAAUCUGUUUGUGGAUCACAGUCAGAUUGUGCAGUUGAGUUGCUUGAGGAGGGGAAUUUGGGGGAUGGCGGAUACGUUUGGGAAAAUCACGACGUAUAGGCCUACCGAAGAUUGAUUGCAGAUGUAAAAACUGCUUAGACGAAGAUUCUACGUGGAAAACCGGUGAGCUCUAAAUUGGAUCUAAUAGGAGGGUUUCAAUUGAUUUUUCUCACAACAUUUGUCUAUCCUUUCCACGCAGUCCGCAUUGAGUUCUUUCAACGUUGGAAUCUUUUGAUGUCAGGUGACAGGAGACCCCACAAGGAUAUAUUUCAAAUCAUUCUGCAAUCUUUGUAGG